ACUCUCAUUUUUUUGCUUGGAUUCUUCUAACCUCUUUUUCACAGUGAUCGAAGUACAUGUAAAAAACACAUAUACGUUGUUAUGUACAGAUGAAUGAAAAAUGGAUGAAAAUCAUUUCAAUCGUAUGAUACAAAACAUAUAAGUAACGGCAAUAAAUACUGUUUAUUUUCGGAAUCCUAUGUAAGCAGAUUCAUACUAUGGCUACCUGUCAAUCGUGCUGACGUUGGGUCAAUGUAACGAGCUAUUUUAUAACUAUUACGAAUUUGAGAUCACCCUGAUGUAUAUACGUUAUUGAAUAUUUACGCCGUAUAUUACGAUUUUGUUACUUCUACAUCAACGUAGGUCGAGAUUUUCGAGAUCCUGGUAAUUAAUUAUAAAGAUGGGCGAUAUUAAAUAUUAUGGUAAAAGAAGAAGUAUUGUAAGGAGAAUUGGAUCUUUUUUACCAUUGAAGCCUCCGCCAAAAAUAUAUGUUAGUGUGACACCAUUACACUUGAUGACAAAUUCUAUGAUUAAUGAAGAAACUAGUAGCAAUUAUGUUGAUACAAAUGGAUAUCCCGUAAGGUCAGAUCUGUUCGAGCCGAUUAGUUUUGGAUCAGAAGUACGAUUGCUUGCGUUAGAGCAAGAAUUACAAGAGCUUAGAGAACAAAUUUCAACAAUUGUGAAAAAUAAUAAAUUGUCCAAAUAUGCAUCUGUAGCGUCUCUGCCCAAUGGAGAAGAUAAUCUAAAGUCUUUGUCAGUGCCACUACCACCUCCUCCUCCACCUCCACCACCACUUCCACUUCCAUUUUUACCACCCACAACACCUCAUAUCGCGAGAAGGGCUAGUUUGCAAGAUCACAAAAUUGAAGAUCGCAAGAAAAUUCUAUUGAGUGAGAAAUCGACGGGUGAUAUGCUGAAGGAUAUCGAUAAUGUAAAAUUAAGACCAGUUGCAAGGUCUCCAGGUGGCCAUCCUAUGCGGGUGAAACGUGAGAAUAGUCCAUGCAAUGAUUUGCAGGAAAUUUUACGAAGACGCUACAUUGCAAUGCAAUCUCCCGAUAGUAAAAAUUCAUCAGCUAAUUUAGCUAUGGACAGUUCAUUUUGAAUGGAUUCAAAACAAAUUGUCUAUAAUUAAGUGAAAAAUUUUUCGAAUAUUUUCUUUAUACGAAAUUUAGGGCUUUUACAAUAACCAAUGAUCUGUCGUACGUUUGACUUAUAGCAAUUAUGUUUCAAUUUUUGCACUUUGCAUUAACUCAAGUCUAAAAUAAGGGACUUAUGUUCAUAUCAAACUAGAGAUUAAAAUUGGACUGGAAUUUAUUUAUAGAAAAAGAAAACUAAUUUCAAGUUUUAAUGACUUUUGCUUUGAUUGAUCAACUUUCAAUCCAAUUUCAAUCUCUAGUCUGAUACAGGUUUUAAACCAAAGAUCAAUUUGCUGUAGCAUUGUAAUGUCACUCAGGUAAAAUUUUCAUUUUCUAAUGUGAUGAAAGUUUUUUUUAUAAGUUUAAAGAAAACUAUUUUAGUUUGUAUUUGUGAUUAAAAUGAUUAUUUCAAAGGUAGGAUCCUACGGCCAGUAGCUCAGAAUGAUUCGGCAUUGUUCGCCAUGUCUCAUCAUAACUUUGAAAGCCUCUACGCGGAUCAGGAUGGUUUGUUAUCGCGGUUUAUAGCUCGUGACACGUCGUUUUCGAAGAUACCGGUAAGUUUUGCGAGUCAAAGAAGCCUUCGUGAUAGACAAGACAUUUUGCGUUGUUGGGCUCGUCAAUGAUCGCGUUCAAUAGAAUGCUUAUUUUGCGAAUGUUGAAAAUUUUCUUCGCUAAUAUAAGACUACAGAAGAUCUAAAGUAUAAUUCUAUCAGCGCGAAAGAAACUUCUAACAGUAGCGAAACAAAUAUUCGGCUGAACGUGAUCAAUGUUUGCAAAAAGUCAUUUUAUAUAAAUUUUUUCGUGUAAUUAUAGAUUCGAUAAUUUUUUCAUCAUCCUACCCCUAUUUUAUACUACGACUUGAACGAUCAAAAAAUCUUAACUCAAUAAGUGUUUCGACCAAUAAUAAUAAAUAAGCUCUGAUGUACAUGCAAACAUAAAGAAAUUGGGUGAUACAACAACGCACAGCAGUUAUAAUUAUUUCGUUUAGUCAAGACGCGAGCCCUGGCGACCCUUUGGACUCGCAUAAUUUAUCGACAGUUCGACCAGUUCGAUAAAGCGGUAAUCCAUGAGUCGCGAGCUAAGGCGAACAAUAACGAGGCACUCUGUUUUGAUAAGGCUCGCCGCGUGAAGCCAUAGCUCGUUAUAUGGUAAGCCUGAUUCAGCGCUCUGUGAGAUCGUCGUGGGACUGCUAUAGGACUACAAUUUUAGAUUUUUUUUAUAUCAAUUUCGGGACUGAUUCUAAUGAGCCUAAGCGAACCAAAACGGAUCACUAUAUCGUGCCAAGGAACGUGAGAUUCUACCUUAAUAUUGUACACAAGGUUGUUAUUGAAGUUUCGAAUUAAAGAUUUUUCUUACAA